AUGAGCAGAAGUCAAUAACACAUUGACUAAGAAAUUAUUAAUUUCGUUAAAAUAUCAGUCUUAAACCUUAAAUAACUAAUCGGGAGCUGGGAAAUGUCUGCUAAGAUCUUUUAACAAUUGAUUUCUCUUUCUGGGCAUUAGGAUUAAGGCAUUCUUGAUUAUUUGGAGAAUCGUAAAGAUGCUGAGAAAGUAAUUCAUUUUAAUUCAAGCAACAAUUAAUAUUCAAAGUUUGAAUCUUAAGAUGAGGAGUCAUACUAUUCAAGUGAAUUGUAAAUGAUAGUUCAAAAAGAAAACUCGAUAAAUUAAUCCAUUCAAUUCGAUAUGAGCUAAGUUACUCAUGAACGAAAAAAGAUGCCACUUACAUUAAGAAACAACAUCGUAGACAUUUAAAUAUUAGGAUUGAAGAAAAAUAUCCAGAUGUUAUCUCAAUUGAAUAAUGUAUCUAUUAAUAACAAAUAAAUCAUAAUCUAGUAAAGAAACAAUCAAUUAAUUCUAAAAGAAAAGGAAAGUUAGGAUAAAUAGAUCGACUAAUCUUAAUAAAUUUCAAACAAAAAUUCAAAUUAAGAAUAAGCAUUUAAUGGCUAAAAAAAUAAACUUUAAAAAGGGGAAGAAAUAAAAUAAAAAAACAUCGAUUCAAACCAAGACUCCAAUAAAAAGAUUGGUAAUGAUGGAAAAAAUAAAAAUUUAAAUCCUCAAGACAAUCAAAAUUAGUUUACUACAAAAGGCUAAGGCUGGGAAAAUCAGCAGAGUAAAAAUAUUCUACUCUAAGAUCCCUAAUUUAAACAUCUUAAGAAAGUAUCAAAAGAUGAACAAGAUAAAUUCAAUAAUCUUAAAUUGGUCAAAGAAAUUAAUCUAAGUAGUGACAAGAAGACAACUACACUGUUUUAUAACAACAUUGAUGAAAAGUUGCUUCUCGGACUUAAUGAUGCUUAAACAUAGUUAUUCUCUAUAAAAUAAAACUAAGAAUGGGUGUUAACCCAUCCCAAUACCCCUAUAUCAAUUUUCAAUUAUAAAGAAUCAAUCUAUUGCGGUUAGCUUUCAUCAUAAGUUACAGUCUUAGAUCAAUCGACUUACUAAUAGAAGACUGUUAUAAUGACGAAAGAAGUAGUAAUUAAAAUAAUAAGUUUCAUUCAAUUUGAUAAUCAAAGCUAAAUCAGUUAAGAAUACCUGGCCUUCCUUGAGGAAAAAGGGUUUAUUGAAUUUUAUUGUCCCCAAGAAGAUUCUAUAAUUUUCUCUUAUUAGCACAGUUGCUAAAUGGAUAUAAAAGAUGGAUUUCAGGUCUAGAAUUCAAAUCAAAUCUGCUUAGCCUUUGCAUAACUUUAAAACAAUGUUUAUAGUAGAGGCUAGCUUUCAUUUAUUGAAGUAAUUAAAUCGCAAAAUACUCAUUAAUAAUCAAGCAAUAAUUAUGAUAACUCAGUAAAGGUUACAUAAGAAAUUAAGAUCGAGGAACUUGAGAACAUAGAUUAUUUUAACAAUAAGAGUGUCUUUUGCAUCCAGCAAAUCUCAACUAACUGUUUUAUUGCUUGUUGCAUUAACAGCAGUUUCUUCUUCUUUAAUAGAGAAAGACCAUAGGAUGUCUAAUAAAUAUUCAAUCCUUCUUCAAGUAUCAACUAUAACUCACUGAUAAAAAUUGAAGGAUUUGGAGAAAAUCUACCCUAUCUAUUUUUUAGAGAUUCAAGAUCUCUUGGAGUAAUUAAUUGUAAAACACUUGAGGCUUUUACAUUGGCAAAAGGAAUUGAUUAUGCAAGAUGUGGCAAUCUAUACAGUCUUGAGUAAUCUCGAGAUAAGGAAGAUGGAAAAAUUAAUUUAUACACAAUGACUUAUGAUAGAAAAUUAAACAAGAGAUAGCUUCUAAUUUAUGCUCUGGAUAUUUCCUGA